CACACCCUUCUGUACACACGGCAUCUGCCUGUACACAGUCUCUCGUGUUCUCGCCCUCCCUCUCAUCUCUCAUGUGCGCGCGCUGUCAUUAACGCACCGCGGCAGCGCACGUCAGACGCGCUCGAGCACACGGUUCGGUUCGGACAUGAUACCGGCGCGGACCCGGAGAUGAGGCUCAGAAAUGGCACCUUCCUAACAGUCUUACUAUUCGGGUUAUGUGGGCUCAUAUCGUUGUCCUGGUACACCGCAUUCAGCAAUUCCAAAGGUAAUGUGGUAGACAUUUACCAGCGGGAAUUUCUGGCCCUGAAAGACCGUCUGCACUCGGCUGAGCAAGAGAACCUCAAACGCUCCAAAGAGCUGAACCUGGUGCUGGACGAGAUCAAGCGAGCCAUCGCUGAGAAGCAAGCGCUGCGGGACAUCAACCGCACCUGGAGCAGUCUGUCAGAUGAGACCAAGCUGAAGCUGUGGAACGUGACCAGCAGUAAGAAUGUCCUUCAGCUGCCCAGCAUCUUCCACCAUCUGCCUCACCUGCUGGCCAAAGAGACCAGCCUCCAGCCGGCCGUGCACAUCAGCCAGGGACGCACCGGAGUGUCGAUAGUGUUGGGGGUGCCCAGUGUGAAGAGAGAGGUGCACUCCUAUCUGACGGACACGCUGAGCUCACUGAUGUCAGAACUGAGUCCGGCCGAGAAGGAGGACUGCGUGAUUGUCGUCUUCAUCGCCGAGACGGAUGAACAAUAUGCAAAUAGUGUUGCUGACAACCUUAAGCGCCUGUUUCCAGGAGAGAUUCAGUCUGGGCUGUUGGAGAUCAUCUCUCCCUCCAUCCAUUUCUAUCCAGACUUCUCUCACCUCAAAGAGUCUUUUGGUGACCCUAAAGAGCGGGUCAGAUGGCGAACAAAGCAGAACCUGGAUUACUGCUUCCUGAUGAUGUAUGCCCAGACUAAAGGGACUUAUUAUGUACAGCUAGAGGAUGACAUUGUAGCACGGCCAAACUACUUCACCACAAUGAAGAAUUUCGCCCUGCAGCAGCCGUCAGAGGAGUGGAUGAUCCUCGAAUUCUCCCAGCUGGGCUUCAUCGGUAAAAUGUUCAAGUCAUUAGACUUGCCGUUGAUCGUGGAGUUUAUGCUAAUGUUCUACAAAGACAAGCCCAUUGAUUGGCUGUUGGACCACAUCAUGUGGGUGAAGGUGUGCAAUCCAGAAAAAGAUGCGAAACAUUGUGACAGGCAGAAGGCAAACCUACGCAUCCGCUUUAAACCGUCUCUCUUCCAGCACGUUGGAACACACUCUUCCCUCGCCGGAAAGAUCCAGAAACUCAAGGAUAAGGAUUUCGGAAAGCAGACGUUGCAUAAAGGUCACGCUAACCCGCUAGCUGAGGUCACCACCAGUCUGAAGACGUACCAGCAUUUCACUCUGGAGAAGGCCUAUCUGGGAGAGGACUUCUUCUGGGCGUUCACACCUGUGGCCGGAGACUUCAUACGCAUCCGCUUCUUCACACCUGUCCGAGUAGAGAGGUAUUUCUUCCGCAGUGGAAACAUCGAGCACCCUGGAGACAAGCUCUUCAACACUACGGUGGAGGUUCUUCCUUUCGACAAUAUUCAGUCAGAGAAAGAAGCGCUGAAGGAGGGGAGAGAGAGGACGCCGAAGUACCAGCGCACAGAAGAUGGCUUCAUCAGAAUAGGGAGGUUUGACCAGGGGAUCGCGGAGGGGGAGGUGGACGCUUCCUUCGGUCCGCUGGAGGCUCUGCGGCUCUCGGUCCGGACUGACUCUCCUGUGUGGGUCAUUCUCAGCGAGAUAUUUAUCAAGAAAGCGGAGUGACUGGUGUUCAACAAUACCUCAUGACUUCACCGGGUCUCUGGUGCUCAGCAGCUCCACACGAGCCCUUCACGAGAGUUUCUUUAGCUUGCUCCAAUAGCGCCAGCUGCUGGCGACAAGCUGUAAUAGCAGGUAGAGCGCGCGAGGCGUCAAGACGAACAGCGCGUGCUGUCAGACGCGCCGCACUAGACUGAUGACGCUGUAUUUUGUAAACUGUAUUUAUAUGUGUAUAUAUAUAUGCCCAUGGUUGAGUUUAUGUAACUACACUGGUCUGUUGUCAAGGGCUUCCUGAGUGGCCUCUCGCCCGCUUCAAGAAACACUUGGACAUUCAACGAAUGCUGCUUUUGGAAAAGAAGACUCUUUAAGUUCCUCCUCGAGAUUCGAUUUUCAAAGUUGAAUUUGUGUUGUUAAUUAGUUGACAAAUGAUUCUGUUUAGGCGGCUCCAGAUGGUGUGUAUUUAUAGUAUUUAUGAUGAUACAUUAAGAGCACACACACAGGCCUGUGUUAGGUUGUGUGUUUCCAAAGUCAGUCCAAAAGAUGUGUUCUAAUGAAAGAGAGACCUUUAUUGUAACUAGAGAAUGCCUCAAACUGUUUCUUCUAAAAAUCACUGGACUUUUCUUGAUAUAUUUCAAAUGAGAUCAAUCACAACAAACAAGAGGGAAGCCUUACAUUUUUUAUUAUUCAUAUUAUAAUUUUUUUUUUACUUUCCAUUCAGACAUGAUUUCUUGCCAUAUGUUGUUUUUCCUCUUCCUGCCUUCAUGUGACGCAGUAGUGUGCUGAUGGUUUUACGAUAAGAGUCGGUAGAGUAAACAGAAACAGACCUCUGGGUUAUUAGAUAGACCCAAACCCUGCCAGAAAUAUGUAUGGUGUGUAAUCUGUACAGCUCAGUGUGAAUCUGGUAUGCUCAGUUUGCUCUCUGAUAAUAGAAAUAAUAUUUAUCAGGUGCUACACAAAUUUGUCAAAGGUUCUGAUUUUUUUUUUCAUGCCUUAAAAUGAUUCACUAGUGAUGGUUAUAGAUACAAAGCAAAGUUAUCUCCAAAGACAGAAAGAAAAAGUCUGUGGUGUAAGAUAACACUGUCUGACCAACAACAACGCUGAAGUUGUUUCAGAGGUCGAGGAGAAAUACAACACCAUCUUUCACUAUCCCCGUCCUGUUUUCUCUUUAUUGAUCCAUGAACUCGAAUGAAAAUGUAAUGCUCCUGCCAAACAUUUUGAAUAAAGACAAAGUCCAAACUUGA